UGACAAGCACGCAAAAACCAUAGCCUACUUUAUUCCUGCUCCCCGCAGUCCAAUGUACUCUAUGUUUUUUUAGCAGUAAUAGCUCACAAAUUUCCUUGAUUCAUGGCUUCAUCCUCUUCUCUUUUGCAAGAGAGAGAGGGGAGAGGGAGACAGACAAGAACAAGAUCGAGUAGCGGAAGAGUUGUUGGUGGCUUUACCAUUGUCCCACGAAAAGAAGCGAGAAAACCAACAUCUACUCUCCACUCGCCCCAACUCGCACCGUACAGUAUUUUAUUCACGUUCAUCCGAAACCACAUGGGCAACGGGAAACCGCUGCCCACCAUCACCACCACCAGUUUCGCACCACUCCACUGAUCGAACUCAUAUAAAGUCGCACGGUCUCGCCGCCACCGAGACCACUACUCGCCCACCAACUAACCAAACCACCCAACCCGACGACGACGACGCUCACGGUCACCAAGGUUCGCUAGAAAACGGAGUAGCUGGGAUCGAGAUGGCAGAGGGCAAUGCCGCAGCUUCGGCAGCGCGCCCGUCGUCCGGCUGCCGCGGCCGGCGGUGCGGGUGCGGGCUGGCGCUGGGGCGGCUGGUGCGGAAGCUGCGGAGGCAGAGCAAGAUGCUGUGCACGGCGAGCGCGCGCCAUCCCGCCGCGGCCGCGCGUUGCCAGUACGACCCGCUCAGCUACGCGCGCAACUUCGACUUCGGCACCGCGCUGGACGGCGACGGCUACUCCUUCGCCUCCCGAUUCGUGCUCGCCUCCUCCGCUCGGCAGCCGCAAUAGAGGAUUAGAGGCGUAGGUGCCCCGUGUUGCAUGGCCAGUUACUGCUGCAACUUGCAAGUUGGUAGCAGUUGCCAUUAGCCCAUUAGCUUGAGCCAGGUGCCCAUUUUUCUUUUUCUUUUUUGGUUCUUUCCUGUAGGUGGAGGGAGAACGUGUUCAUAUGAGGUGGUCAUGGAGUGUUAUGAUGGUUGUAAGGAUUAUUCCCUGGCGGCAUCCUUGGCUCAUUUCUCCUUUGAGGGAGUCGGAGGAGGAGAAUUAUCCAAGUGGAAAUGUUCUAAAGAUUUCAGGGAAGACAUCAAAUUUAUUACUUCUCGGCCUGAUUCUUGCCGUGGA